AUGGAUCAGUUUUAUUCAGGUUGCAAAGGAGUCAUAAACAUAAGCAACACUCAGUAUGAAGAACCUCUCCCACAUUCUAUCCUCCACCUCAAUAUCCAAAAUCCUCCAACACUGGGAAAUUCUAUGCCUAUAAUCCUCCACCACCCAGGGAGUGUUCCUCCAUUGGCAAACAAUUCAUCUUUAGAUUACAAAGGACAUAAUAUAAAUUUGAAGGAGUUGGUGGACCAUAAACUCCACCAAGACCACCCCGAAUCUACCGGGCGUGAACCCCCCAAAAAUCACCACCGGGAACCACCGCAAAUCCUCCCCGGAACCACCCGCCAAAUCCGCUGCCGGAACCACUACCCAAAUCCACCGCCAAUCCCGCCGCUGGAACCACCGCCCAAAUCCCCGCCGGAACCACCCGCCAACCGCCGCCGGAUCCACCGCCGCCCUCCUCCGCCCCUCCGCCGAAAUAAACCCUGUCCCCCCCCCGUUGGCCUCCGCUUGGAGAGCCAGUCUGGAGACAACUCCAAAGGGGCCCAAGCUGAGGGUUUAUCUCCUUCCGAAAUGUUGACAAAAAACGUCAACAUGAAGAACCUCCUCCCGCACUGCAUCCUCCUCCCCCCAUAUCCAGAUCCACCACCGCCACCUCCACCCGGAAAAAUCCUCCUCCGAAAAACCCCUCUACUUCCUCCAGAGAAUUCCCCACCUCCUCCAGAGAAUCCGCCCUCCCCCAGAAAAUCCUCUGCCCAGAAAGAUCCUCCACUUUCCUCCUGA